UCACGUGACGAAAGGUGAGAGAUUAAUAAAAGGGCUCCUGAAGCGGUUUUGACCAGGAAACACCAUGACAGAAUUUAUUAAAUGUCAGUGUUAGAAAUAAAUGCGUGUGGUGUUUCUGUAUCCCGUCAUAGCUCAUAUCCUGCAGUUCUCUGGAACUGCCACAGCUCAAGGUUUCAUCCUCGCGCGUUCACUUUCGUUCUGGCCACACAAGCAAUCACACGCUUUUACAGACACUGGACGCCACCCGCACGGACUAUUACAGCCGAACAAAUGUCACAGCAAGACAGCAGUCAAGUGUGGGAAUGCUUCAGUCAGACAAAUAACAGUGGAAACACUGGUGAUCAGUCAAGAGGAGAACCCAAAAACCAGCACUCAUCCACUGAUUCUGCAGGCAAAGGGGCCACAAGCCAGCCCACAUCUGAGACUACAGGCAAUGAGAAUAAAAACCCAUAUACAUUUAGGCCCAAUGACAAUGGAAGGAAUGAGGCACCAGGAAAAAAAACCCUAUCUAGUGAGAACGCAGAGAAAAUGUGCAAAAAAGCCAAAUCUGACGAGGUCCAAAACCCCAAGCCAACCCACGGUGCAUCUGGAGAAAGCAGCUCAAACCGGCCCUCUCAAGGUGCACCCAUGUACAAUUCAGAUUCUUCCAGCUCAGGAACAAGAUCGAAGCCUGGGAUACAGCUGGGUCCCACAUAUCCCAUUCAGUACCUCAAAACAAUGCAAAACUACUCCACAGAGAUGGACAAGAAACUGCUAGGACAUGUAAUGAUAGAUAUGACAUGUUUCAAAAGUGGUGUGAUGGUCCCUUAUCACAAGAGUCAUGUUUGGGAUUCCUACCAUGUGAAGUUACCACAUCUCUAUCCACGACCUCAAUCCUACAACAAGUCUCAUGCACCACCCACUCGCUGGGAAGCCACCUGUCAUGCUCUGCGCAAGCUCACCAAAGGCAGUAACUCUAUUGGGGAUGUUCAGACCGCAAUAAUGUCUUACAAUUCCAACAACAAGGACAAAUGGACAUUUGAUGCACUUUAUCUUUAUGGUCAGCGCUUGCACUCAGUGGACAAUAAUCUCGAUUCGCUGAUCCCAAAGAUGGCCAAACUAGCUCUCGACUUACCUGAUCUCAUUAAACAGCCCAUCCCUCUCCUGCGACAGCAACAGAACCAGGCCAUAACAAUGUCUCAGCAGCAGAUUUCCAGUCUGUUAGCAAACGCCUUCUUCUGCACCUUCCCUCACAGGAACGACACUAAACCUGGUUCAGAAUACGCCAACUUCCCCACCAUUAACUUCAGCAGCCUAUUUGCUAAUGAGAAAGACUCUGAGAGAUUAAACCAGAAAGGAGAGAAACUGAGGGCCAUAUUCCAUUACUUCAACACAGUGACAAAAGAAAGUCAUGAUCAAGGUCCAGCAAAACCAGAUGGAUUGGUUAGUUUCGAAAGGAUUAGCAUCCCACCAUCACAGCUCCCUGACUGGAAUAAACAGAAGAUGCCCCUGAGGAACCUUCACGUCUCUUCAGAAGGAUCCAUUGAGAAAGAGGGUACAGGCAUGCUGCAGGUGGACUUUGCCAACAAAUACAUUGGUGGUGGAGUGCUGAAGUCAGGACUGGUUCAGGAGGAGAUCCUCUUCUUAAUGAGUCCAGAGCUCAUUGUGGCCAGACUCUUCACGGAGAAACUGGCUGAUAACGAGUGCCUUAAGAUCACAGGUCCUCAGAUGUAUAGCUUAUCCUCUGGCUAUAGCAGAAGCUUUUUUUGGAAGGGUCCAUUCGAUGACUGCACAAAGCGGGAUGUGUGGAAGAGACGUUAUCGGCAGAUCGUUGCCAUCGAUGCUCUGGAGCUCAAGUACCCGAAGGACCAGUACACCAAGGAGAACAUAACACGAGAACUCAACAAGGCAUUCGUGGGAUUCCACGGAAAUCCGAAAACAGCCAUCGCAACGGGCAACUGGGGCUGUGGUGCCUUCAAAGGGGAUCAUACACUCAAAGCUCUCAUUCAGUUGAUGGCUGCUGCAGUGGCUGAACGAGACAUGGCUUACUUCACCUUUCGCAAUAAAGAACUUGCAAACGAAAUACAGGAAAUACAUGAGAUACUGACCAAAAACAACGUGACCGUGGAUAAACUGUACAAAUGGCUGAAGGAGUUCUGUGGACAACAUGCACGUGAACAUAAUUCGCAAGCAGAUCUUUAUGGAUUCAUCAAAGUGAAGAUCGGCUUUAGGGCUAGCUUACUGUAAAUCUGGCAACUGCUCCAUACAAAAGAUCUAUACAAGCUCACUUCAAAAAACAGUUCAGUGGUAUUAAAUAUGUAAAGCUGCUUUGAAUGUAUCAGAUUUCUGAAGGACCAGAGUAUUUAAGUAAUAAUACUAAAAAAAACUUCUGUAUGUAAUAUAUUUGUUUUUGGACCACAGGUGUCAUAUAAACUUAAUUGUUUACCUUAAUUUGAGUACUUUAUAGUCAGACUUAGUCAAGAUUCAUAUUAAUCAAAGGCCUUCAUAUCAUUUGAUAAAGUGCACAAAACACAUCUUUAUUAAAGUAAAAAUAAGCUGUAUUCAUGUUAAAUUUGUCUUGCAUCAGUAAUUAGUACAAACCAGCAAACAGAUCGAACUGAAAUGCUUUUAUUGAAUGAAGUAUUAUAACAGUAGUCUGGAAUAAACAUAAGCCUAAGAAAAUAAAUAAGUCCUUUUAUUUUA